GCGACAUGCGGCGGGAGAGCUGAGCAGGGCGGGCCGCGCCAUGGGAACGGCGAGGCCGGGGACAACCAUCCAGGACGGCGAGGCGCAAAGGUGCGGCGCCCCCCGCCCGCGUCCCCGCCAUGGAAGUGCUGAGGCGCUCCUCGGUCUUCGCCGCCGAGAUCAUGGACGCCUUUGACCGCUCGCCCACCGACAAGGAGCUGGUGGCCCAGGCCAAGGCCCUCGGCCGGGAGUUCGUGCACGCGCGGCUGCUGCGCGCCGGCCUCGCCUGGAACGCGCCCGAGCGCGCCGCGCCCGCCCCCGGCGGCCGUCUGGCCGAGGUGUGCGCGGUGCUGCUGCGUCUGGGUGAGUGCGGGGGCGGGGGACCCCAGGCCGCCCCUCUCGAGCUGGUUGGCGGGGCAGGGCCAGCUGCGCCUCGGGGUGCAGCAGGCCCUCCACCGGCCCGCCCACCCGGUGACCGCGCCAGGCCCCGGCCCUGCCAGCCUCGGGGGCAGAGAAGGGCUGGCCCCGCGCCUGGAAUAAUCUAGAGCACAAGGCAGGUAUCCUCAGGCCCCCUCAGGCUGGCCUGCGCACCCGCCACAGACCUCCCCGAGUUGGCCUGCUCAGCCCAGGUUGCAGGCACCCUGGCGGUACAGGAUAGAAAGCUCCGUGAAGAAUCCUGUUUUGGUGGCCGAACUUCCACAGUGACCCUUGUACUCAGCGGGGCACAAAAAUCCUUUGCCAGACCACGUGUCCUGAUGUUUGUGUUGGAAAAUAGGUCCUUACAGCGACUGGCUGAAGGGCUGCCCUGCCUCGCUCUUUUCUCUCGGUUUGGAGGAAAUUUAGGAGAGCUGAACCCACCCGGCGGCUGGGGAGCCAAAAUCCCACCUAGAUGGCUGGUCGUGUAGACGAGGGGGGCCCUUGAUUCUGGACUCACAUGCAACCCAGUAACUGUCUCCAUCUCCCCCAAGGACCCCAGGGAGGGAGGGACAGCCCAGCUGACUCAGCCAGUCCUCCUCGCCACCCACCUUGGACCCUGGUGUGCGAUGCUUCCACGCCGAAAGUGUGCACCUUGGGGGGUGGCCUCCUGGAUGGAGCCCUGACUGAGUGGCUCUCCAGGUGGACUGUGGGGCGAGACUGUCCCAGGACCCAGGUUGGGGGAGCCCCCCCCCCCCCCCCGUGAAAGAGGGUGCUUGCCUCUUCUCAGGCCCGUACGGGUGUCUGCUUGUUCCUGUGUUGUGGGGACCUGGGAGCAGGGCUGUGUAGACUUGGCCUGCCUAGGAGUGUGUUGGGGAGACACACAGAUGCUGUAGGGGCCAUUGCAAAGGGCCCCCAGGAGGGUGGUAACCCGCCCAGGCCUCGGGGGGUGGGGGGAUCUCUAGUACUGAAAGCAAGUGGGGUUUGGGCGAUCAGCCAAAGGUGUGGAGCCUGGACUCCCGUGAGUCAGCACGGGUCCAGCUGUGGGCACGUGGGGGGCGCGUUCUCGAGGGCCCUGGAGAAUGUCGUCUCCUGGCUGCCUCUUCACAGCCCUUCCCCAGAGUCUGGCCUCGCUGGGGCUCCGUCGGGGCCAGAUGGCUAAGGGGGCCGGGAGGGAGAGGGUUGGACCCCCAGAGCAUUCACCUCUCGUCCGCCGCCUCUGCCCUGCCCUCGCAGCUGCUCAGUGUGAGCCCCUGUGUGGCCUGGUGCUGCCCCCCGGCCCCUUGUCAGCAGACGCCCAGCUCCUAGAGCAGUGGAAACAGGAAGAGGCCCUGGGGUGGUCCCGUGAGCAGCCUCUCGGGGCCAGUCCCCAGGAGACCCGGGCAUCGGUGUGUGGGAACGGUCAGGCCAGCCCUGAGAAGUUCCAUGCCACCUCCCCAGCCCUGCCUCAGCCCUGCUCUGCUUCCAGAUCUUAGUUAGUUAGAUGGAGUGCAGCUGGCCCCAGGGGUGCCGCGGCGCCCGGAUCCCUGGGACCUCCAGUCGGAAGCACUUCCCUGUUUGCUUUGGCGGAGCCCCGCUGGGCCAGGGGACCAGGGCUGAGCAGAAUUCCUGCACGUGGCUGUGGGGGCACUGCAUCGAGCACGUGCACAGAUGGGCUUUGCCAAGAGUGGCCGCCCCACCCAGAUGCCCCUGCUUGGCACUGGGGGCCCAGCUUGACCCUGGGCGGCGCCAGCGGCCCCAGGCUGUGGCUCCACUCCCCGGUUCACAGAAUGGUUCUGGGGCCCGAGUGGGGACCCCCUCUGAGGCAGCCGCUGGGCUCCCUACUUGUGUGGGAUUGUUGGCACCUGUAUGGGGUUGCUGGCACAGGCCCUGCCCAUGUGUUGGGCUCUGGCCGCCUGCCCAUCAGACUGUCGCCUGCCCGCCCGGGCAGCUUGCUGUGGGCUGUGAGUCACCGAUCAGGCAUGGCUGGGAUUCCCGCCCCACCAGCCCAGCCAGCUCUGCCCGGAGCAGGAUUGGGGGCGGCUGGCUUGUCAGAAGGGGCAGGCCCCAGAGGCAGAUCAGGGGUGUCCACUGCAGCUUUCUGCUCUCGUCCCCAGGGGCGUGGGGGUGGUGUCAGUGGAGUGAGAGGUUCGGGGGUCAGGGAUCAGGCUGGGUCCGUAUGGGACAGGGCCCCAGCUGUGAGGGGACCACCUCUGACGCGCCCAUGUGACCGCAUAGCGGACGAGCUGGAGCUGAUUCGGCCCAGUGUCUAUCGCAACGUGGCCCGCCAGCUGAACCUCUCCCUGCAGUCCGAGACCGUGGUGACCGACGCCUUCCUCGCCGUGGCGGCCCAGAUCUUCUCUGCAGGCAUCACGUGGGGGAAGGUGGUGUCCCUCUACUCAGUGGCUGCGGGGCUGGCCGUGGACUGCGUGCGGCAGGCCCAGCCCGCCAUGGUCCAUGCCCUUGUCGACUGCCUCGGGGAGUUUGUGCGCAAGACCCUGGCGACCUGGCUGCGGAGGCGCGGCGGAUGGACGGACCUUCUCAAGUGCGUGGUCAGUGCCGACCCCGGCCGCCGCUCCCACUGGCUCGUGGCCGCGUUCUGCAGCUUCGGCCGCUUCCUGAAGGCUGCCUUCUUCCUGCUGCUGCCGGAGAGAUGAGCCGCGGGCCCCAAACCAGCAGCUGCGCCCUGCCCGAGCCGGGACGCCCCUCGGAGCCCCGGGUCCAAGCUGGACGCCCCGCCCCGAGCCCCUCCUCCCCAGACCCAGGCCCUCUGGACGGGGAGUGGGGGGCUUCCCUGGGCCUGGAGCUGGACUUCGGUGCCGACAGGUCCCCCACUGCCCCCUCCCCUGGAACCCUUGCCUGCACACUGCUCUCUAGAGCAGCGUGUCAAGGUCGCCUCCCAGGCCCCAGAGGAAUGGCGCAGGGCCCCAGCUGUCACCUGACACCGGCGCCUGUCUGUUAGGAAAGCCACCUCAGGGCACGCGGUGGCCUGGGACCUUGUGGGCAGGGGCCCGGAUGUCUGGCCUGAAGGUGACUCUGGCUUGGCCAAGGCCAAGUAGCUGUGGGGUCGGUCUUAGCGACCGUGCAGAGCAUGAGGCCAGGCGGUUGCCAAAUCCACCAUGGAGGGCGCGUGUGCCCCGUGCACGGCGGGGUCCUGCGGCAGCAGGGACCUUAGAACAGAAAGCCCGUGACCGAGAAGCACAGUGUGUGUGUUCGAUCCCAAUAAAGUUCCGUGGCGAUGGAGGGUGGACCCCAGCUGCUUCCCUGUGCCUGUCCUGCGACCACCAGGGCCUGGGCAGAGGGCGGGCGGGCCAGCAUGGGCACACGGGGCACAGAUGAACCCGGCGCUUCCUUGAUGCGGGCAGCCUGGGCUCCCCUAUCCCAGGACAGCACGCCUGCACAACCUCAUGGACACUCCCACCUGCACACACCCGUGCACACACACAUGCACGCACACACCUGUGUACACAGCCACACGCGCAUGCACACACAUACCCACGUGUACGCACCAGUGCACACCAGCAGCCCUUCCCUCCACACUGCCCCCAUGUCCCCCUGGCAGAGCCACCCCUGCUUUCUGAAGCAGGGACAGUCCCCUUGGGGCCCCCCUGCCUCCAACAGGCCGCAGGCGCACAGGGCUGGGGUGGUGGCCUCUCUCAGCCCCGUUUCCCUUUGUGUGUGAUGCAGGUAGGGCCUUCCCGCCCAGCCUGGUGAAGCGACCGAAGCCGAGGCUUUUCAUGCACAAGGUGUAGUCCCCACCACCGUCCCUCAGCUCCGGGGCCUGGUGCCCCCAGAGGCCACAGGCCUCAGCUUCCUCCCCCGCCUGCUCUGUCACGUCCUGCCCAGGGCCCCACGGGACCGGACCCCAGGGCGCUCCUGGUGGGAAGGAAGGAAGCCGGCAGAGGGAGCGGGGGAGGAGGGGUGGUGGCGCUGGCCUGGUUGCUGUCACUGGGGUCAGUCCCGUGGUACAUUUCCAGCGUGGGAAAGUGAUGUUGGGCCCCACCGAGGCUCCGAAAGGCAGCGGGGUUAGAGCAGCGGUCAGUCUCCGGGUCCGAGGUUCCGUGGAGGAGGGUUUCCAACAGCAACAAAAAGAUGCCGUCCCGGGGAUCAGCAAAGCAAGAGACGCGAAGCCUAGGGGUUCCCUGGUGGCACAGCAGGUUAAAGAUCUGGCGUUGUCACAGGCUUGGGUCACUGCUGUGGCCCAGGUUCGAUCCCUGGCCCGGGACGUCCACAUGCUGUGGGCCAAAAAAACCACACAAGGCAUUCGAAAACUUGUGCCAGGAGGACUGAAGGAGAAGAGGCCUCAAAGGCACCUGGGCUCGGACAGCCAGGAGACUCCACGUGGCAUGAAGAGGACAGUUCUUGCCAAGUACAGUUGAUGCGAUGCCUGGGAAGGUCCCAGAGUGUCUUCUCGCCUCUGGAGCUAGACGGGCUAUUCUGGAGUUCGUGUGCGAGGGGAGAGAAGAGCAAAAACAGCUCGGGAAACCCUUAAAAAGAGGAGAGGCGAGGGGGAUCCAGGUCCCGACCACUGCGUCCGUCGUGGGCCCGCCGGGCGCCAGGCCGCGUGCAGCCAGGCGAGCGCAGGAACAGACCCAGUGCUGGAGCUCCAAGCCCCUGAUGAGGUGGGAGAUGCGCGCCUGUUGGCAAACAUUGUGACGGCCGGCAAGCACUCGGAAGGAGGCUCGACGGCACCUGUCCGUCCCACUGCACCGAGACAAGUUCCAAACGGGUCAAAGGGCCAAGUACGAGAAAUGAGACAGUCACAGAGAACAGAGCCCGUCACGUGCGCUGGAAGGUAACACGGGAAACAGAAGGUCUGUAUACGUGUGACCGGGUCACUCUGCUGUGCAGCAGAGAUGGACGGAACAUUGUAAAUCAACUCUAAUAAAAUUAAAAUACAA